AUGGGAAAAACUUGGGAUCAACUUUUUACGAAAACACCAAAGUCUUCUAAGCAUGAAACAAAAGAAGACUACGAUUCGAAAUCCCGUGGACCACGAGUCUUGUAUGACGGCACUGGCGGCUACAGCAGCGGCAGAGUAGACAUCAUCUUCGUUCAUGGCCUUCGAGGCUCCGCGCGCAAGACCUGGUCAAAAGGGAACAUCUGUUGGCCACGCGAUCUCCUUAAGGAUGACAUCCGCAGCGCACGAGUGAUUACUUGGGGAUAUGAUGCCGAUGUUGCACAUUUCUUCAGCAACGCCAGCCAAGAAAGCAUCUUUGGCCAUGCAGAUACUCUUUUGGGAGAUCUCGCCCGUUUGCGCCAGGACAUCACUCGACCUAUCGUCUUUGUGGCACAUAGUUUGGGAGGACUCAUAGUCAAAGCCGCGCUUAUAAAGUCCGCAGAAUACAAGAGCCACAACAGACACCCGAGACAAGCCGAGAUCUACGCCAGUACCUGUGGUGUGGCUUUUUUCGGAACACCGCAUCGAGGAUCGUCAACGGAGGGCUAUGCCGAGAUCAUCGCCGGAAUCGCAAAGCUCGCCUGGCGACGACCGAACAAGUCUUUACUUGAUGCCCUCAAGGAGAACUCUCAGAUUUUGGAGCAUCAAAGAGAAUCAUGGACCACAAUUUCAAAUAAUAUUCCUGUCGUCUGCGUGCGGGAAGAGUUACCAACUGCCAUCGGCAUGAUCGUGCCCGAAGCGUCGGCCUCCUAUGACGGAUACAAUGUUCUACGUAGCUCCAUCAACGCGAACCACAUCGAUAUGGUAAAGUUCGGGGCCAGGGAUGAUCCUAUGUAUGAAAGAGUUGCGGGACUACUUAUUGACUUGGUGACACCGAGCUUGACUGCAGAGGAAGUUCAAGAAUCAAGUCUCCUCACAGAUCACAUGAAAUGGCAAGUUCAGCACCUGUCAUUUGCGGAGAUUGAUGAUCGUGAAUCGGAUAUCGAUGAUGCUUAUGAGUCGACGUUCGAGUGGAUCGCCUCAAACGCAACAAUCGUGACGGAGGCUCACAAUCUAACAUUUGCAACUUGGAUCGACUCUUCCUAUCAAGGUCUAUUCAUCAGUGGAAAAGCAGCCAGUGGAAAAUCCACACUCAUGAAGUACCUCAAAGAAACGCAGGAGACUUCGAUCAAGGCUAGUCAAUGGGCUUCUGAUUCUCCACCAAUCGUUUUUGCAACCUAUUUCUUCUACGAGCAAGGUUCAGAUCUUCAAAAGUCCCGUGAGGGAAUGUUGCGAAGUCUGAUCUCUCAAAUACUACACCAGGUGCCCAUGAGACUUUUUGAAUCUGAUUGCAAACGUAGCUGGCGCAAGCUCAAAUCCAUUCUGCGCAAGGCUAUAUCAGAUCUCGAAGCACGUGGGACAAAGUUGUUCUUGUUCCUGGACGGCUUGGACGAGUUCCGUUUAAUAGAGCAAAUCGGAGAGUACACUGACGAACAGAAGGAUCUGAUCUAUGAUGGCGGCGAUAACGAUGCUGCUUGGGGGUUCAGUGAGUGGAUCGCGGAUGGCUAUCGCGAAAUUUCCACAUUCGUUCUCGAGUUGUGCUCAAGGAAAAACGUCAAGAUCUGUUUCUCGUGCCGGGAACUAACAGUCUUUGAGGAGAGCUUUCAAGAAUUGCCAAGACUCCAGGUGCAUGUUCACACUUGGAAUGAUAUCUAUCGCUACUCUCAUGGACGGCUAUCUCAGGAGACACAUGGACUAUGCGAAAUAGAGAGGCUUGCAACCACCAUCGCACAAAAAGCUUCUGGUGUAUUCCUCUGGGUCAGACUUGUCGUUGAUAGACUGAUCAAUGACAACUUCAACGGGAAUAGGCCGGAAGAGCUGUUGUGUGCGUUGGACAAGUUCCCCAGCCGACUGGGUGACAAAAAAGGGCUUUACAUGUCGAUGUUGAGGAACAUUGUCAAAUCCGACAGGUUUGAGUCGGCAAGACUCUUUGUACUUGUUGCCAGUGUACAAGUGCCUUUACAUCUGCUUCACCUCUCAUUUGCGGCUCAGUCACUCGAGAAGAUCCAAGCCAAUGGCUUUGGAAGCUGCAUACAGGUCAAUGAGACAGAAAGUACAAGCUCCGCUGGCAUAUACAGAACCUAUCAACGCCGACUCCAGAGUCGAUGUGGUGGAUUUCUCGUGGCUGACCCGUAUGUCAACUUCAUGCACCAAACCGCAAAACAAUUCAUAGAACGGCCAUCUACAUGGAAUUCGGUGUUUGGCGAUCAAGGUGAUUUUGAACUAGUCAGUUGCUCUUCCGCACUCAUCGAAGGUUUCAUCACUCUCAAUGACGUAGUCGACCGGCUUCUACGCACUCGAGCUUUCGAUGUUCAACGGGGGCGUCGAGAAGCCCUGGUGUCAGCCAUUGACCUUCUCAAUCAUGUUCAUCACCUGGAUCGAUACUCUCGUGAUCCGAUGGCUUAUGCAUCUUUGGUGGAUAGAAUGAACGAACGGAGAAGUGUGUUGCAGAUUUUCGGAAAGAAUGAGGGAAUGGAGAGCUUCCACCCAACGAUUUGCGAACCCCCUCGAAUGGCAUGGUUCACAGCAUUCGAAAGUGCUCAAGAUUAUCACAGUCCCACACAAUGGGACUUCUGCCUACCUGACCCUGAGGACUUCAUGUCAUUCGCAGCCCAAACAGACUUGAGCGAGUAUGUCAAGUUGAAGCUUAGUCUCAAGAGUCCGUCACAACGUGCGGAAGAGGCCUGUCGAUUAUGGAGAUUUCAAUCCCCAUGUGGUGAGAAGCCCGUCUUUCGAUUGGCCUACCGGACUUCGUACGGGUUCAGCUUCGCCCAUAGUUACCGCUACAGUAUAUCAGAUUCAGAUAUAGGCAUCGAUAUGUGCAAAACACUGCUUCCCUAUAUGGCACAACCAGACAACCCUGGCACCAUGGAGGCGACGAGGAGCCUUCUCCCAACAUGGGCCCACGCCUUGGAAGCGGGCUGUCACCGCUUCCUGUCCUCCCCAAUAAAUGUGGUGUCAGAACGCCAGUCCACGUAUUUCCAGGAUUGGCUGGGACUUGUCCUGCUAAUGCUGAAAUAUGGGGCCUCCGUCAACACACCUAUUGAUAUAAGCAAUGAAGAGUCUAGUGACACCCUCGUUACUCUACCUUCUUCCGAUAUUUUGCUCGCAAUACUGCGACAGACGGAAGACAUUUCAGCUGGCAACACGACAUUGAAACAUUUUGAGGCCAGAUUGAUGCGCUGUUUACCAGAGAAUCGAAAGACUCCGGAGGUAUUCACAUACUUGUAA